CAGUUGUUUCCAGUUUGCUUUUUGGCUUUUGUUCUUUGCAUCGCCGCCAUUGCCGUCUCAAAGAGAUCAACUCUUUUUACUUGAUUCCCAGUGACUCAGCUUAUCACUUCAACUAUAGUCUAUAUAUAUAUAUAUAUAUCCGUUGAGCGACGGCCCUUCCGCUUAGCGCCAUCGGAUUACUACAAAAUUCUCCGACGAUCAAACUAAACGCCAUAUCAACUACAACAACAAAAUGAAUAACCCUUACAUCAGCAUCUCCCCUGUGCCCACAUCGUCAGAUUCCUCAUCCGGCAAGCGUCCGAUGGAGAAGGUGAUUGACGCGUUGAGUCGGUGUGGGAAGAAGGCCGAGGUUGUCACAAGAAAAGCAGAGGUCAUGGCCGACAAUGUCUGGCAUCACCUGAGAACAAGUCCUAGUGUGACGGAUGCAGCAAUGGCAAGGCUUGCUCAGGGGACAAAGAUACUCGCCGAAGGAGGGCAUGAUCACAUUUUCCGGCAAAUAUUUAAUAGUGUGCCCGGAGAGAAGCUCUCAAAGUCAUAUGCCUGUUAUUUCUCUACUUCCUCUGGGCCUGUCAUCGGAACACUCUACUUAUCCACCAAAAGACUUGCCUUUUGCAGUGACCAACCCCUAUGUUAUUAUCCCUCCCCAGGCCACCCAGAGUGGAUCUACUACAAGAUUGUUGUGCAGCUUGAUCAGUUGGGAGGAGUCAAUCCUUCUGCUAAUAGAUCGAACCCUUCAGAAAAGUACAUCCAGAUUGUCACAAGGGAUGGUCAUGACCUGUGGUUCAUGGGAUUUGUAUCAUAUGACAAGGCACUCAAGAAUCUAACAGAGGCUUUGCGGCGGUUUUGAGAAUCUUCUAGAAGCAUUUCACGGGUUUAAGCGCUUGAUAUAGUGCGUACUUUGUAUGCUUUUGACAUAAAUGGUGAAUUAAAUCUGGACCGUUAAACGUGUUGUAGUUUGCUGUAAUUUUUUAAUAAUGUCCAACCACUACUUGGUUGGCAGUU